AUGCAGCGAAAGCGGCGCCAGGCGCUCGGCGGUAGCGACGAUCGCCCCGGGCCUGUAAAGCGCGCGCGGCUCACCGCAUCGUACCACUACGAUUCGAAAUCGAAGCCUCAAGGCAUGGCUAUGUUUGCAGCCGACGAUUUUCUGUCCUCUUUGUCGGACGAGCUCCUGGUUCGCAUCCUGUCCUUUCUGUCAACUUCCACUCUUGUGGGCAUGUCACCCGUGUCCCGCCGUUUCUACCGCCUGUCCGCCGACUCUCAACUAUGGCGCACCCUUUACUACCACCGUUUCGUACUGCCGCGCGCUUUGAAGAUACCUGGUUUUCGCGAUGGGUCUGCUCGAGGAAGCAGUCGAAUACAGUUCUCCACACGGCGCACCGUCUGGGCUGACGGCGGCUGGGGUCGGAGAGAUGCCUCGGGAGAUUCAGUUGACUGGAAGCGCCAGUACAAGUUGCGGCACAAUUGGGCUAGUGGUAAUGCCUCAGUUCAGGAGCUGAAGGUUGGAGAAUCCCUAUUAGAUUCUACGGGCGCACGGAAGACUUUGGUUAAAGUGAUUGAGGGUAUCGCUGUCACCGCCGACUGCGUCUCUGGCAUGCGAGCCUGGGAUCUUAAGACCAAGGAGUCUAUCGCCCAGAUCAACCUCACUAAUGGAAACGGCGGGUCCUUUCCCACUUGCAUAGCCAUCGAUGCCCAAGCUUUUGAAAGUAAAAGGCUUGACGUCUCAGUCGGCUUUAUGGACGGAAGCUUCGGCGUUUGGGGGCUCUAUAUCGAAGAAGGCAGGUUCCUGAAAAGAUACAGGCACGAAAAGUCCAGCAACGGCCAGCUAGUGCAGAUUGUCUAUCACCACCCCUUUAUCCUCACGGCAACAGAAUCUGUUCUGGUAUCUCUGUACGACUUUGAGCGAACCCCUUCCAGCCGAGAGACAGCGACGUUCAGCCGUCAGCGGGACACCAUUACUCCAGAACAAAGUGAGAUGGAGGCUGCUUCAGAAUGCGCAACUCUCCCAGAGUCAGAAAGCGAUAUGGAAGAGUUCCCAUUGCCAAGGUCUGACAAGAGAAAGAAAUCACUGCGAGGAGUCAGUCCACUCCCUGCUCCUGUUCUUCUGACUUCGCUCAAGUCACACACGUCUCGAGCACCACUGGCUCUAUCUAUUCGUCUGGUGGCUUCACAUGUGAUCGCAUCGAUCGCAUAUACAUUUUCCACAUUGGAAGGAUGGUCCAUUGGUAUACAGGAUCUCCAGAUACGGCGACAAUCUGCGAGCCAGCCGUCGUCAGAGAUCGUAUCAACACGACUCGCUUUCACUAAGCCUGUUAAGGCUGCGUCUCCAGUUGCCCCGAAUUCCUCAACUGAGUGUCGACGGUCUCCGCCUCCAAGACAGGCACCUGAGGGUCCGACAACACUUUGCUACAGCCACCCGUAUCUUUUGGCUGCGAUGCCGGACAAUACCAUGAUUCUACAUAUAUGUACAUCAAAUGCCACAAAAGUCAACGUUUCUUCAGGUAUCCGCCUCUGGGGCCAUACAUCAGGCAUCAGCGAUGCGGAAAUCACGGCACGAGGCAAAGCCGUGAGUGUCAGCUCUCGAGGCGAGGAGAUUCGAGUCUGGGAGCUCGAGGGACGCGUCAGUGGCAAAAGUAUCGAAAUCAGGCCGAAGUUGACCUCAGGCUCUGUCUCUACAGAAGUCGUUGUGCCCUUGCCUGAAGCGACGACAGACCGCUGGGAUGACCGACGCAACUGGGUAGGCUUUGACGACGAAAUGGUCAUCGUACUGAAGGAAGCCAAAGAUGGAAAUGAAAGCCUCAUGGUCUACGAUUUCUCAUGA